AUGCCUUUCAAAGGGUUUGAUUCGCUGAAGGAAAGGUUUUUUAACCCAGGAAAGGAAGAGGUGAAGAACACCGUUAGCGACUCGCUGGGGAAUCUGCGAAGGAAAAUCGAUGGCACCAACGUCGAGGAGGAUCACAUUGAGCUGACAGAAGAGGGGAGACCUGUGCAAGCCAGCGCCCGCAAGCCGCAACUGUGUGACUGUUACUGCUGCGGGCUGCCCAAGCGCUACAUCAUCGCCAUCAUGAGCGGCCUGGGCUUCUGCAUUUCCUUUGGAAUUCGGUGCAACCUGGGUGUUGCCAUCGUGCAAAUGGUGAACAAUAGUACUGUUUAUAUUAAUGGCAAACCAGAGCUGCAGAAAGCCCAAUUCAACUGGGAUCCAGAGACAGUGGGACUCAUACACGGCUCUUUCUUCUGGGGUUACAUUGUGACACAAAUUCCAGGAGGUUUCAUUGCAAACAAAUUGGCUGCUAACAGGGUGUUUGGAGCAGCUAUUUUUCUAACAUCUACACUGAACAUGUUCAUCCCUUCUGCAGCAAGAGUACAUUACGGCUGUGUGAUGUUUGUAAGAAUUCUGCAAGGUCUGGUAGAGGGUGUCACCUACCCAGCCUGCCAUGGGAUGUGGAGUAAAUGGGCUCCUCCACUGGAGAGAAGCAGGUUGGCAACGACAUCGUUCUGUGGGUCAUAUGCAGGUGCAGUGGUCGCCAUGCCAUUGGCAGGAGUGCUAGUACAGUAUAUAGGAUGGUCAUCAGUCUUCUAUAUUUAUGGAAUGUUUGGGAUUGUUUGGUACAUGUUCUGGCUGCUUCAUGCCUAUGAGAGUCCAGCUGCACACCCGACAAUAACCAGAGAAGAAAGGGUAUAUAUAGAAACAAGUAUUGGAGAAGGAGCCAGCCUUGCUAGUGCAGGCAAAUUUAGUACUCCGUGGAAAAGAUUUUUCACUUCAAUGCCAGUUUAUGCAAUCAUUGUGGCUAACUUUUGUAGAAGCUGGACCUUCUAUUUGCUCCUUAUAAGUCAGCCUGCUUACUUUGAAGAAGUCUUUGGAUUUGCAAUAAGUAAGGUUGGCCUUUUGUCUGCAGUUCCCCACAUGGUCAUGACAAUCAUUGUGCCCAUUGGAGGGCAGAUAGCUGACUUCUUACGGAGCAGGAAGAUUUUAACUACUACCACCGUAAGGAAGGUCAUGAACUGUGGAGGCUUUGGGAUGGAAGCAACCUUGCUUUUGGUGGUUGGUUAUUCUCAUACAAAAGGUGUGGCUAUUUCUUUUCUGGUGUUAGCUGUAGGUUUCAGUGGCUUUGCAAUUUCAGGAUUCAAUGUGAAUCACUUGGACAUAGCCCCACGUUAUGCCAGCAUCCUGAUGGGGAUCUCCAAUGGUGUGGGGACGCUGUCGGGCAUGGUGUGCCCACUCAUUGUUGGUGCAAUGACAAAACACAAGACCCGCGAAGAAUGGCAAAACGUCUUUCUGAUCGCAGCCCUGGUGCACUACAGUGGAGUAAUAUUCUAUGCUAUUUUUGCUUCUGGGGAGAAGCAGGAAUGGGCUGACCCUGAAAACCUGAAUGAAGAGAAAUGUGGUAUAAUUGAUCAGGAUGAACUGGCCGAAGAAACUGAGAUGAACAAUGAAACUUUUGUAAGUGCGAAGAAAACAUAUGGUGCUACCAGUCAAAACAGUGAAAUACAAAGAAGGGAAUGGAGAAAGCAAAAACAAGUGACUCAAGAUACGGAAGAACAGACUUCUUACCAUUAUGAAAAUGGGAAUUUUCAAGAUUUGUCAUAAAUACUUGAAAUUCUAAGGUUUGUAUAGCAGCUAUUCCCAUCUUCCCUUCUGCACAGCUGCCCCAGAUCAUCUGGUAUCCAUAUUUAUUUUCUGAUUCAACUGUGUAAUGUCUGUCCUUGUUGGCUAGACACAAGGGGUAAUACUUGCUUUCUAAUACUGUGGAAGAGAUCUAACAACAAUGGAACAGGGAGAAGUGACACUAAAUCUUCACUUUGCCACUGGAUUCCCUUGGACAGAGCGCCUGUAGCUAUUCAAUGACUGGUCCUGGCAGAGCUUCUGCCUUGUGUGAGCCUAUGACUGUUGGAACAAGGAGCACCCUUUUAUUCUCAUCUGAACAGACAACAGAAAAGGUCAUAUCAGAUGGUGGAUCCACAGUGAUGUAUGUGAUUAGUGGGGCACACAAAUCUGCCUUGAGAAGCACUGCUUUGCCAGAUUCCUGUAGAUUAACAUUUGAGCUGCUUAACCCGUGUCAAACUGAAAACUGCGAAAGAUCGAAGUGGAGGGAAAAACAGAUUUAUUUAUGACAUGAGGCUGCAACCUAUAAUGGUCACUUAACUACAGGAAGGUAAAAGGUAGCAGAGAUGGCACAGUAUUGCUUCAACAUUUCCCUAAAAUUGAUUGUCAGUCUGCUUUAUAGGUAUAAUCCACGGGGUCUGGAUGAGGCAAUUAAAUGGAUACUUGUAAGAUUUGCCCCCCUUCAAAGGUUUUGUGCCGGCAUGACAUAAUUUUGAAUAUUAAAUCAUCUUUAGUGGUGCAAUAUUAUAAAUCCUUAUGAAAGGAAAUCAUUAGAUUUCUCAAUUAAUUGUUGUGAAGUAAUUUACAUAUAUUUUUCUAGUAUUAUUCUGAUAGAGUUCCUGGACUCAACCCCAACAGCACUUAUUUAGAUGAAUAAGUCUAUUUAGAUGAGUAAAGUCUUUAGUACUGGAUCUACAACUUUUUCUUCAUCAAUGCCACAGCCUCACUGUUGCAAAAGAUGUAAUACUGUAGCAUCUGAGAGAUAGCAGAAUAUCUACGUCUAAAAGUAAUUUUCUUUUUCUAUAGGUAUAUAUUUUACAUCAUAAUGUGGCUUUAGCUUUUUUUCAACCAUUUUUAGAAUCAGACAGUGGAACAUGCCAUAUUAUGCUGCGACUCAGAUUCAUCAUGACAUUAAUAUUCAUUUCAGAAUGGAGAAUUUCAGUAAGAUAUGAUUUAAUUU